AUGAAGAUCCGUGUGGUCCAGAUUUGGGGUUUCCUGAUGACAGUGUUGGGCUGGAUUUUCGUGGCCUGCACCAUGGCCAUGGAGGGUUGGAAGAUCACCUCCAUCGGUGGUAUGGGGGGCUCCUCCAUCAUUAAGGUGGCCUGGUACUGGUCCAGCCUGUGGAGAUCGUGUUUUACAGACUCGACAGCUGUCAGCAACUGUUACGACUACCCCAUGCUCUGGUCUGUGGAGGGUCACAUCCAGAUAGUGCGAGGCCUGUUGAUGACAGGUCUUUCCCUGGGCAUGUUGGGGUUUGUGCUCAGUCUGUUGGGUAUGGAGUGCACCUUCAUUGGGGGAAAGGAGCGGUCCAAGUACAAAAAGAUCUUCGCCGGGGGAUGGUGUCACAUAAUCGCUGGUUUUUCCUCCACAUGUGGGUAUGCUGUUUAUGCGCAGUACGUCUCAGUAGAGUACUUCAACCCUGACUUUGAUGGACUGCAGUAUGACCUAGGCACCCCCGUCUUCCUCGGCUGGGUCGGCUCAGCCUUUCACAUGACCGGCGGCUUCUUCUACCUGUGGUCAGUGUGUCAGCCGCUCUGUGGAGGGCACACGGUAAUCACCAUCCAGGCAGUACCAGACCCCGAGACAACCAAGCCCUCCACAGCUCUAUCCACAGUGUCAAAGAUAAGUUCCAAGACCAAAGUGUCCUCUAUUUCUGAGCUGUCGUCCAGGUCUGAGAGCACAGAUGUGUCCGACAUCUCCUCUACAUCUGGACGCACAUCCAAAUCUGGACGCGCAGCAAAGUCAGAUCGGUCUUCAAAGACUCGGCGAACCACCAAGUCUGCAGGGUCGAGGUCAGGGUCAGGAUCUGAAUCUGGGCUGUCUUCCAGAUCGAGCAUAUCAACUUUGUCUGGGUCGAAGAGCAGCAGGAGCAGUGGCAGCAGCAGCGGCAGCAGCAGCAGAACAGUGUCCUCGUUAUCGGGCAGUUCGAGGAGUGAGACUACACCCUUCAUCAAAAACUCCUAUAUUUAA